GUGUGUGUGUGGGUGGGUGUGUUUUAUUAUGUUUCAAAUUCGAUUUAAAUUUGACCGAAAACUUAGGGUUCUGUUAUUAUUUACAUAAAUCCCAUAAUAUAUAGUUUUUGAAAAGUAUUUUUUAGUUGAUAAUUUAUUUUUAAAAAAAAAAUAGAGGUAUGAAAAAAGAAGAGAAUAUGGGAGGAAGUGGAGAUUGGAAUGAAGAAGAUAAAGAAAUAGUUGCAUCUGUAUUAGGUCCAAAAGCAUUUGAUUUUUUAAUAUCUAGUUCUAUAUCUAAUGAAUGUUCAUUAUCUUCAUUAUCUAAUGAUGAAAAUUUAAACCAUAAGCUUUCAGAUCUUGUUGACAAUCCAACUAAUAAUAAUAAUAAUAACUUUAGUUGGAAUUAUGCUAUUUUUUGGCAAAUUUCAAGGCAGUCAAAAACAGGUGAUUUAGUACUUGGUUGGGGGGACGGAUGUUGUCGGGAGCCAAAUAGAAUCGAACAACAACAACAACAACAAAAGCUACAACAAGAAUUUCAUUAUUUUGAUGAAGAAAAUCAACAAAGAAUUAGAAAAAGGGUUCUACAAAAGAUUCAUGUUUUAUUUGGUGGGUUAGAUGAAGAUAGUUAUGCUUUUGGGUUAGAUAAAGUUACGGAAACUGAAAUGUUUUUUUUAAUAUCUAUGUAUUUUUCUUUUAGGAGAUCCGAAGGAGGGCCCGGAAAAUGUUUUUUCUCGGGCCGUCCUGUAUGGAUCUCUGAUCAGAUGGAUUCGGGUUCGGAUUAUUGUUACAGGUCGUUUUUAGCGAAAAACGCGGGUAUCCAGACUGUUGUUUUGGUACCGACUGAUGUCGGUGUGGUCGAGGUUGGAUCUGUUUGUUCAUUGAUGGAAAACCCCAAAGUUAUACAAUCGAUUCGUGGGUCGUUUUCGGUUAAUCCUACUGGGGUUAUGGUUUCGGGAGGGGUAUCGGUACCGAAUAUAAUGGCUAGAAAACCGAAUAAUGUUAAGGUUUCCAAGGUUUUUGGGCAGGAUUUGAGUUCGAGUUUGAACCAGCCACAGUUUAGGGAAAAGCUCGCGGUUCGUAAACCUGAUGAACCGCGAGUCCCUUUUUCAAACUGGGCUCAGUUCAAUACUCAACAUAAAGCAGCUUCACAACUGCAGAUUGAUUUCACUGGCAUUACUGAGUCCAAAGUUUCGGAUGAGUCUCUGGGGAGGGAAGAAAGGGAAACCGAAAGUUUAGUCGUUGGAAACGACGAAAAACGACCUAGAAAACGAGGUAGGAAACCGGCUAAUGGGCGAGAGGAGCCUUUGAAUCAUGUGGAAGCCGAGAGGCAGAGGAGGGAGAAGUUGAACCAAAGAUUUUACGCGUUAAGGGCCGUGGUGCCUAAUAUAUCAAAGAUGGACAAGGCUUCGUUGUUAGGAGACGCUAUAACGUAUAUUACUGAUCUACAGAAGAAGCUAAAGGAGAUGGAAUCUGAACGACAAUCACCAAGUAACAAUAACAAUCAAAGUUUAGAGAAAAUCGAAGUCCAAACAGCUCAAAACGAAGUUAUCGUUAGGGUAACAAGUCCAUUAGAUGCACAUCCUGUGUCUAAAGUGAUUCAAACGUUUGAAGAGGCGAAAAUUAGAGUGGUGGAAUCAAAGAUGAACGCGAUAAACGACAUGGUGUUUCACACAUUCGUCGUUAAGUCUCAAGGACCCGAACAAUUGACAAAGGAGAAGUUGAUCUCUGCGUUUUCAAGAGAAACAAACUCGUCGUAACGAUAUCGUAAAAAAGAGCUAGUUUAAUACGCGAUUAGUGCAGGAAAAACAACUUAGUAAGGCUUAAUGGUGCUUUUUUUGAUGGUUUUUAUAUACAUUCUAUUAAGUUCAAGUGUAGAAAAAUAAUUAGUUUGUGAAGAUUUUAGAUAUGUAUGUUGGUUUCCUUAUGAAAUAUAUUCGUCAUUUGUUAUA